AUGAAUGCAUCAACAACGAAACACAUCACAGCGACAGUGUCUUUUCGAAGUUUACCAACUAGUACAAUAAUGAAUGUACCAAUAUCAACAAUGGAACACGUCACAUCCACAGUGCCAUUUCGAAGUUUAUCAACUAGUACAAGAAUGAAUGUACCAAUAUCAACAACGGAACACGUCACAUCCACAGUGCCAUUUCGAAGUUUACCAACUAGUACAAUAAUGAAUGUACCAAUAUCAACAAUGGAACACGUCACAUCCACAGUGCCAUUUCGAAGUUUAUCAACUAGUACAAGAAUGGGUAUAUCAAUAUCGACAAACAGCGUACCCAUCUAUUCCAUGAACAAUACAAAAUCGACUGUAACACUUCUCACGUCAACUACUACAUAUGCACUACGGACAUAUGCCGCGCUCGAAAUCCUCACUCAACGAGAGUCUAGUUAUCGUCAUAUUCUCAAUUCUACAACAAUUUUCGAGUUAAAACAACCAAAAUUUUCUGACAAUUUAGCAGACUUUCAAAUACCGUACUUUUAUUCAUUAUGGAAAGAUUCACCGUCAUUACUUCCACGUGCUCUAUCACCAGGUGAGCACGAUACGACGAUGUCAUUAAUCGACGUAUUCCAACGGUUAUGUAAUGAGCACCAUAUAACUUUCAUGAUGUCGGAUGGCACAUUGUUAGGAAGUUGGCGUCAUCAUGAUAUCAUACCGUAUGAUGAUGAUGUUGAUUUUCUUGUACAAUACAGCAACAGGGAACGAUUAUUUCAAAUACUGAACGAAUCCGCGACAGCCGAAGGCAUCAAUGUAGCAUUUGCUUUGAGCAAAGUUUUAAAAAUUACGUUUAAUAACACCGGAAAAGCUCGUCAUGUUACAUGGAAUUGGCCGUUUAUCGACAUUUGGUUCUACCGAGAGAACUCGACACACAUCUGGUAUAAUAACAUGGAAUACUAUACAAUUGAAAAAACACUCAUAUUCCCACUAGUAUUACGACCACUUGCUGCAAAGUGGUUACCAUCGCCGCGGAGGCCAUAUGGUUAUUUUAAAUCGAUGAUAAAAGAUAAGAGCAAGGAGGGUGACUUUGAAAAUUAUUGUAAAAAUGAAGGCUAUAAUCAUCGUAAAGAGUUAUUGUAUCCAACGACGGGUGCUGAAUGCAAAAAAUUAAAACCGUAUUAUCCGUUUGUUGAACGGAGUUGUUCGAAAGUGUUGUGCACGGAAUGGUUAAAAUUAGGAAACAAAACAUUAUAUGCAUUACAAGUACAAAAAUAA